UUCGCGGGGAUGUCGGGAGUUGUAGUUCCUCGGCACGUCUGCAUUCGUUCCUCUCCUGGCCGACACGUCGGGACCGCACGGAGCAGCAGAUCAGGUGAUCCGUUUCAUUUUUUUGUGCCGGGUGCUAGAAAAGAAACAGAAGCUGAUAACUUCAACAAAGAUGGGCUACAGAAAGUAAUCUGUAUUACAUCCAAAUCAGCAAAGCGUUGAAAGGGGACUUCCUUCCUGUCCAGAUGGGUUUACGUGGAUCGAGCUACACGUUUGUGACAUCGCACACGAGGUUGGAGGUCGAUCACCCUUUGAUUUGGAGAUCCUAAAAUUCACCAGAAAACCACCCGGAUUUUUUUAUUAUUUUUUUAUUUUUUGUUAACCUGGAAGGACAGCCCCGAGGGAUAAAUCACGCCGCGCGAGAUGACUUCGGAACUGGAGAGCAGUUUGACUUCUAUGGACUGGCUGCCGCAGCUGACGGUGAGAGCGGCCAUCCAGAACUCGGACAAUGCCCAACACGGUCACGGAACCGGCGCCGGCAAGAAGGUCCUCGACCCGAACACCACGCUGGACCAGGAGGACGUCCAGCAGCACAAGGAUGGGAAGCCCCCCUAUAGCUACGCCAGCCUCAUUACGUUUGCAAUCAACAGCUCACCAAAAAAGAAAAUGACUCUUAGCGAGAUUUACCAAUGGAUCUGUGAUAACUUCCCGUACUACAAAGAGGCCGGAAGCGGCUGGAAGAAUUCUAUACGACAUAACCUGUCCCUGAAUAAGUGCUUUCUGAAAGUGCCUCGAUCCAAGGACGAUCCCGGAAAGGGGUCAUAUUGGGCAAUAGACACAAAUCCAAAGGAGGACGCGUUACCAGCUCGGCCAAAGAAGAGGCCGCGAUCUGGAGAGCGGGUCUCACCGCCAUACAGCGUAGAUUCUGACUCGAUGGGAAUGGAUUGUAUCAUCUCUGGAAGUGCCUCUCCGAAACUGGCUAUCAACACUGUGACUAACAAGGUAACCUUAAUCUCCCCGGAACAGGAUGGCAACGACAGCCCUCGAAGUAGCCUUAACAACAGUCUUUCUGAUCAGAGCGUGUCGUCUUUAAACUUGAACAGCGCCGGCAGCGUACAUAGUUACACACCGGUGACGAGCCAUCCCGAGCCGUCCGCUCAAACUUUAACCCAGCAGUCCCAGUACAAUAGUGAGGAGCAGGAGAAGCAUUUCCCCGAAUAUAACUUUGAAGAUCUGAGCGAUUCGUUCAGGAGCCUCUACAGGCACGUGUUUGCACAUUCGCUUAACCAAGGAUUAAUGAACUUGCCUUCAGAGCCGGCUCAGCAGACACAUUCUCCCUGCUCCUAUCAGCACUCCCCGAGCAGCACAAUGAGCUCUCAGCAGCACGGUAGCCAAAAUAGCCUGACAAAUAGCCAUGCCAGUAGCCUUGGCACCAAUGUAGGUGACUCUAUGGUCCACCUGUCCCAUCCCCAGCUCCACGCACAGCAGUCCCAACACAUCCACCACAACGUAGUACACCAUCAGCAGCAGUGCACCCAGCACCCGUCCCAGUGUCACCAGCAAAACCCCCACCAGUCGCACCAUCCAGCGCAGCAUCAGCAUCUCCAACACCACCCCAACCACCAGCACCAGACCAUGGGGCAUCCGGCAUCUCUAACGCAGCAGCAGCAGCAGCAAAUCGCCUGCGGCAACGGAGAGAACCUGACCGAUAUGUUACUGUCCUUGACAGAAUGGUACCCCUCUCUUGAAGUUCUGAAGGAGAGCUGCCGGAUCGCCAGCAGCACCAACUGGUCCGACGUGGACCUCUCGCAGUUCCAAGGACUGAUGGAAAGUAUGAGGCAGGCAGACCUUAAGAACUGGUCGUUGGACCAAGUUCAGUUUGCAGACUUGUGCUCUUCGCUGAAUAAGUUCUUCACGCAGACCGGCCUCAUCGACUCGCAAAGCAACGCUCAGUCACCGGUGUGUCACGGAAACAUGCACCCCGCGAAACCCGCGCAGCACCUCAGAACAGGAAACGUUUACCUGGAUUCGAGGCAAAAUGUACCAACGUCCAUGAUGGGCCCCCCAAGCUACCCUCUAAUAGCACCGCCAAUGAGCACUACAGGACACCACGGGGUCAUGAACCAGCAACCACAUAUGAUGCCGUCAUCCAACUUCCACGUGCGCUCCCUUCCCGCAGAUGACAUCCAAGAUGAUUUUGAUUGGGACUCUAUUGUAUAGCACUGUUCAAGCGGCUUUAUUGUCUUGUUAACCAUGUGUUGUUGGUUCGCGACCACGAAUGUGAUCAGAAGAGAAAAAGGUAAAGAUGUCCGAUGAGAAAAGCACUGCUCUCCAACGGUGACUUCGAUGACAAUCAAACGAUACUUAGCAGGAUAAUUGAUCAGAGCGCUUCGAGGCAUACUGCCCGUCCGUUUCCCCGGUAAGCUGCCGUCGCUCUUUAUCGUUCUGUGAUUUAGACAGCUUGUUCAGCUUUGUUGACCACAAGUGUAAGCCUGGGAUCUGGAAGAAAAAAAAAAAACAAUCUUUCUUCAAGCAGGACUCUGAGAUUGCAUUUCAAACUUUCCGCCGCACCGCAGAGUGGAAAAACCCCUUCUCCGGGAUCCUCCUUCCCGUCUGCGUCCCCAUUUUAUUUAUGGUCUUGUAAUGUUGUACUUUGUUUGAAUUCUUUUGUGAAGGAACCUGUCCUUAUUACGCUGCCGUUUAGCAGAGCAGUCCAAGCUAGGCUGGCCCGACGCGUCAUAUUCGUGCCAUAAAUGCCGACGUACGAGCCAAGGCUGGAGGUAUCGUCGAUAUUCACGCUUUAUAAGGUUUUCGUGUUGCGGUGGCUGUUUUUCUAGAUUGUUAUAUUUUGUAACGGAAGAAAGAAAGAAAAAAAAAAAAGCCAUAUUCCCAAAAA